AUGGCGUCGAAUAUGACUGUUAAAGUUCAUCCAGUAGUCUACAUGACUAUUGUUGAUUCAUUUUUGAGAAGAUCGAAAGGAUCAGCGAAAAGCAGUGGAAACGAGAAAUCACUCGGAACUCUUAUGGGAUUCUAUGAGAAAGGAGCAAUCCAAGUCACAAAUUGUUUUGCGAUACCUUUCAAUGAGAGCCAUGAAGAUUUGGAGAUUGAUGAUCAAUUCAAUCAGCAAAUGAUCUCGAUUCUUAAAAGAAGUUCGCCAAAUGAGCAACCAGUUGGAUGGUUUUUGACAACAUCUGAUAUCACAUCAAAUUGUUUGAUCUAUCAUGAUUAUUACAAUCGAGUUAUUUCCGAGGUUUGUUUUUUUUAUUUAAAAAAAGUAAUUAAAAAUCAAUAUUUUUCUCAGAUUUCUGCUCGCCGUGAAACUCCACCAAUUGUUGUCCUCACACUUGACACAACUUUCUCUGGCGAUAACACAAAACGUAUGCCAGUUCGUGCUUAUCUUCGAUCGAAGGCUGGUAUUCCUGGAGCACCACAACCACAUUGUGCCAUUUUCAAUCCACUUCGUGUCGAACUCGAUGCUUUCCCAGGUGAAUGUGUUGCGAUGCAAUUGAUCGAACAAGCAUUGGAAUCGCGUAGAAGAGAAGCGACUUUGGAAAGUGGAUUGAAACAAUUGGAAUCAAGCACUGGAGAUAUGAUUGGAUGGAUGGAACGAUUAUUAGAGUUAGUUCAACUUUUUUUGAAUAACUGAGAGACUGGGGCUAUAAUUUUUCAAGAACUGUUUAUUUUGUGAAAGUUUCUUUUGAAAAAAUUGUUUUCGUGAAAACUCGGAAAUUUCAAAAUCAGGCUCAAAAUUUUCCUGUCGAAUUUUUAAAACAAGAAAUAUCUUUUAGAAAUUCUUCACAAAAAUUACCUCUUUCCGAAUAAACCACAAGGCCCCUUUCAAUAAAAAGUUCAAUUUCUAGAUAUGUAAACGGAGUUGUUGCGAAUGGUGAAAAACCAGGAGAUGCUCAAUUCGGAAGACAAUUGAUGGAUAUUGUUAACACCGCCGCCACUCAUUUACAAACUGACAAACUUGAUACAUUGGUCAAAAAUACACUCCGCGUACGUUUUCAUUUAUUUUUAUUUUCAAUUAUCCAAAUUAUUUCAGGAUUAUGUUAUGGUGUCGUAUUUGGCAAAUAUGACAAAAACUCAACUUCAGCUCCACGAGCGCCUUGUUGCUAUCUAA